AGCAGUCUCUCAGAAUGAGAUCCAGGAGCAUACCAAGUCUCCUCUGGAAGAAAAGCCUGAGCAGAUUGCGUCCGUCGCCGAUGCGCCCACAGUGCCGGCCAAGGUUAGUUGACAACUCGUCAUGAAACAGGCAUCUUGAAGAUGUCCAUCAGCAGCGCGUCAACCGUGCAUCUGAAGUCUUUCGUGUCCCUCCGCCAGAGGAAACAGUAAUGGCUCACCGCCAUCUCGCUGAGUGACCUUCUUUUCAACAACAACAACCAUAAUUUAAUCCCACCAUUGGCUGAUGAACACGCGUCUCCAGGAUCAGGGAGAAGUAGAUGGUAAGGGAGAGGUGGCGGAAGAGGGAGAAGUAGACGAAGCUCAACCAGCGAAUGAAGGUCCCGCGACUGGCGGUUUGACAUCGGAGGAGCAACUACAGAAAUACAAAUGGUACAAGUGCAUAGCAGAUCCAGCCCAGUACGGUCCAGGACAUUUCUACUACACACAAACCGAGACCGGCGAAUCAUCAUGGACGGAACCUGCGGAACCGUAUUGGAUCUGGGACGCACAAGCGGGUGCUGUAGAUUCCGCAGCAGGCCUACAGAUCCCGGGUAAACCUCAAGCCUCGCAACGGCAACUAGACGACUACCAAGGCUACAACCCAAAAAUCCACGGCAACUACGACCCCAACGCCUCCUACGCCAGAUUCCACACCCGGCGGACCGGCCCAGGAGCCGAGUACACCAACAUCCUCGACGCAGCACAGCAGAACGCCAGCCUCACCCCCGACCAAACCGCCGCCGCCGCCGCCGACCCCUAUACCUCGACCAUGAUCCUCAACCGCUUCACCGGCGCCACGCAGACGGGCGCGGACCUCGGGCCGGAACGGCACAGCGACGUGGCCAAAAGCGGGCGCCAGAUGAACGCCUUCUUCGACGUGGACGCCGCGGCGAACGCGCACGACGGACGAUCGCUCAAGGCGGAGCGGCAGGCGCAGAAAUUGACCAAGCAGCAGGUCAAGGAGUUCAACAGCAAGCGGGCGGAGAGGAAGCACAAGAAGAGGAUGCAGCAGCUUUUGUCGUGAGAUGCCCCCC